AUGCGCUUCUUCCCAAGUCUUGCAAUAGCUGCCCUUGUCGGCACCUCAUUCGCGGCGACGCCACAAUGCCCUGGCGGAACCGGCGGCGGCUAUACACUGUACUGCUGCACAGCGACCCUCGACGGUGGUAAUGCCAUUGUCAAGAAAUUGGCCGCGGCAGUCAACUAUCCUCUGAACGAGGACACCGUGAACUGUAUCCUGCGUAAGGGGUUUCGACACAUCCCUAAGACGAGCACACUGCUGACCGAAUCAUCAGCGAGCCCUGGAUUGCUCGACCUCUUCGCACCCACUCCGCCGGAAGAAUGUCGCGGUGGACUCCAGUGCUGCAAAGUACCGGUCAUAGAACUCUGUGGGUUUAGUUCGUACUGA